AUGGCAGCUAUUCUUCCUUUUUCCGGAAGCAAUACGAACAAAAAGGUCUUGGAACGGUAUUUAGACAUCCCACAACCAAGUGAAACUGUCCAGGUUGAAUACGUCUGGAUUGACGAGGAUAGGGUCGGGCUCAAGAGCAAGUGUAAAACCAUGGACUUCGAACCCAAGAACCUGAAAGAUUGUCCGGUGUGGUACUUUGACGGGUCCAACACUGGUCAGGGUGUGGGGUGUGUCGCGGACAUGUAUCUGAAUCCUGUAGCCGUGUUCUCUGAUCCCUUCCGGAGUGGGCAGAACAAGCUGUGUUUAUGUGACUUUUACCAUUACGACAAUACGCCCGCUGAGAGAAACGAUCGCCACACGUGUUACGAUGCAAUGGAGAAGACCAAGUCGGACAAACCAUGGUUUAGUAUAGAACAAGAGUAUAUUUUACUGGACCAUGAUGGACAUCCCUACGGCUGGCCGAAAAAUGGCUUCCCUGGACCUCAGGGUCCUUACUAUUGCGGAGUUGGAGCCAACAAAGUAUACGGGAGGGAUAUUGUUGAGGCUCAUUACCGCGCAUGUCUGUACGCCGGAAUCAAAAUCGCUGGCUGCAACGCCGAGGUGAUGCCCGGGCAGUGGGAGUACCAGGUGGGACCAUGCGAAGGAAUUGAGAUGGGGGAUCACCUGUGGAUCGCACGUUAUAUCAUGGACCGUGUCGCCGAAGACUUCGGUGUCAUCGUUACCCUUGACCCUAAACCUAUCACCGGAAACUGGAACGGUUCCGGUGCUCACUGUAACUACAGUACAUUGGCGAUGAGGGAGAAAGACGGACUCCGACACAUAGAAGAAGCGAUCACAAAGCUAGAAAAGAGACACAUGACUCACAUAAAAGGAUACGAUCAUACGGAAGGUGCCGACAAUUCCCGAAGGUUAACAGGAGGCGCAAAUAUCCGGAUCCCCCGCCAGGUGGCAGCAGACAAGCAGGGCUACCUGGAGGACCGGCGUCCAUCGUCAAACUGUGACCCUUACCGGUUAACGGAAUUCAUGGUCAGAACUACAGUUCUAGACGAGAGCGACUAAACCACGGGUCUAAAAUGUUACAAAAACUUUUAUAUUGAACAAAUCUCCUGGGAGGCUUCAUUUUAAGAUGUGAUUCGUCCGUAAUUCUUCACUCUAGUACAAACAGUAUAACACCAUUUCUUGGAAAGCGAAGGGAAACUCCAGGAGGCACCGAGCAGGGAACAAUAUAAUUUUAACUACCAUUACCUAUUUCUAUAUAUCUGGCUGUAUUUCAUGUAAGGUACAGUUUUGUUAACAACAAAACAGAACUAUGAUUUAUGUAUCAAUGUAUUGUAUUAUUUAUAUUCAAAUGUAUACAUGCAAUUUUAUAUAGGAAGAAGUCUAGGAAUUUAUUGUUAUUAUAUUUUUUUAAAUUAGUACAAUGUCAUCUUCAUAAAAUUUGUCAGUGAGCUCACUUCUCCAUAAAUCAUACCAACUUACCUACAAUAAAUCUCAUCUGUUGUUCUACAAUAUACACCUAUCAUCCGUGUCUUUUUGGGACAUGUUCUAUUUUUGUUAUAAUUGUUUACUUUAUGUACGUAUUUUUAAUAUAUUUUACAGGUUACUAAAUAGGUACGUUGAUAACAAAAUAGCAAUGUAAACCCUUAUCGCCAGUAAAUAAAAUAUUUAUUAUUUUCAGAAUCCUUCACAUUUCCUUUUUUGUUACCAUUGUGUUAGGGUUCUUUAACGUUCUAAAGUCUACUACCCUAUAUGGAAUACAUUUAUGACGGUCUGGUCAAGCUUGUUCUAGAGCUAUAUAGAUGACGUCAAGAGUAAUGAUUGUCAUUAAGAGAACCAGUUUUUAUGAAGGUGCUCAUCGCACACGUAAUAUCAGAAAACCACCAAACCCCAUCCAAUAGUUUUUAUUUCCAUACGUCUAUUCCUACUAACACUGACUGUAAUUGAACAAUUUAGUGUCCAGUCUUGCCAAGAUAGUAAUGCCUCUAGAUAGCCCGGAACACAUACCGAAGGCGAGGCAACAUCAUACCGUGCUCGACCACAGGUACUUGUGGACAUGAUUAUGGUGUUUUUAAUUUAAAUGUUGCAUUAUAGACGAGUAAAUUAUUAGGGCUUUUCGCCAAAUGAUGAAAAGACUAUUAUUCUUCUUCUGCAUUUUGUUUUGUCCGAUCCAAAUCUCCAAAAUGGUAAGAGAUAUGCCAAUUAUUAUUUGUUCAUGUUACUAGGCAUACGUCAAAGGGGUGACGGCAGUAAAAAUUAAGUAGGUUAAAAAUCCAAUAUGGCCGCCAUGACGUCAUACCUAAAAUGUUUAAAAUGGCUAUAACUCAAAAAGUA